UCAAUGUGAAAAGCAUGUCCUCGUCACCAUCCAGCCUGGAGGACGGUGUGAGACUGUUGGGCACGGUGCAACGAUGUGACAGCGCCCGGAAAUCGCUCGCGGGCACGUUCGGCAGCAGCAACGGUGCCGGACCGAGCAAGAUGAUCGAAAUGCAGCCAGCGGAACUGUCCGAAACGGAGGACAAUUCGUACAUGUACUUCCGGCAGGAGGGUUUGUUUGCAAACAGUUUCCCCAAGAUGAAAGAGAUCCGCCGGAUGGGGAAGCUGUGCGAUGUUACACUAAAGGUGGAUUCACUCUCAUUUUCUGCUCACCGUAUCGUGCUGGCUGCAACAAUUCCUUACUUUUAUGCUAUGUUUACCCACAACAUGGCCGAAAGCCGCAUCAAAGAGAUCACGAUGAAGGAAAUCGAACCAAUGGCACUGGAAAGUUUAAUCAACUUCGCGUACAGUGGUCUAGUCAAAAUCGAUACCCAAAACGUGCAGAGUCUCAUGGUCGGUGCAUCCUUUCUGCAGCUGAACGAAGUGCGGGAUGCGUGUGCAAAGUUUCUCAAGCGCAAGUUCCAUCCACAGAACGUGCUCGGUAUACGACAGUUUGCCGAUACGCUCGGUUGCUCGAAGCUGAUCGUGUCCGCCGAUCGCUACAUCCAUCAGCACUUUUCCAAGGUAGCGAAUGGAGAUGAAUUUGUAGCGCUAAGCUACAACGAGCUGAUCGAUGUGAUAAGCCGCGACGAGCUUAAUGUGAAGAGCGAAGAGUGCAUCUUCGAGGCGUGCAUGCGAUGGGUAAAACACGACCAGGAAGCCCGGUCCGAGUAUUUGCCACUCAUACUGGCCAACAUACGAUUGCCGCUGCUUUCGCCCCAAUUCCUUGCGGACAAUGUGGCGACGGAAGAGCUUAUCAAAACGUCCCACAAAUGUCGCGAUCUGCUCGAUGAGGCAAGGGAUUUUCAUCUGAUGCCCGAACGUAGGGCACUCGUGUCUACGACGCGAACGCGACCCCGCUGUUUCGAUUUUGUCGUUGGACUAAUCUUUGCCGUUGGAGGGCUGACGAAGAAUGGGGAGUCCGUUAGCACGGUGGAGAUUUAUAAUCCGGCCACGAAGGAGUGGAAUAUGGGCGAAGCGAUGACGAUGUUACGAUCGCGCGUUGGAGUUGCCGUUACGAAUGGGAAACUGUACGCGUUCGGUGGUUUCAAUGGGACGGCACGGCUUUCGACGGUAGAAAUCUACGAUCCACGCCAGCACCGAUGGUCCCAAGGUACGGCAAUGCGCUGCAAGCGGAGUGCCGUCGGUGUGGCCGCCCUGGAAGAUUAUGUGUACGUUUGCGGUGGGUACGAUGGUGUGACGAGCCUUAGUACGGUGGAACGAUAUUGUCCACGGACCGAUACCUGGAGCUCGGUAGCACCAAUGAUGAAGUAUCGAUCGGCCGGUGGCGUUGCCGCACUCGGUGGUUACGUGUACGCGCUGGGCGGGCAUGAUGGUCUGUCCAUCUUCGACACCGUCGAACGGUACGAUCCGUUCACCGACACGUGGACCAAGGUGGUAUCGAUGCUUAACCGACGGUGCCGGCUUGGGGUGGCCACACUCGGCAACAAGCUGUACGCUUGCGGUGGAUACGAUGGAAACUCUUUCCUACGCUCGGUGGAAGUAUACGAUCCGGUUAAGAACAGCUGGUUACUAAUCGCCCCGAUGAACGUCAAGCGAAGCCGGGUAGCGUUGGCCGCUAAUAUGGGCAAACUGUGGGCAAUUGGAGGGUACGAUGGGGAAUCGAACCUAUCCACCGUUGAGGUUUACGACCCAAAAACGAACACCUGGACGUUUGUGGCACCGAUGAAGCAUCACGGUGGUGGGGUUGGAUGUGGUGUCAUACCGACACCGUUCCAGGAUUAA